AGAGCUCUUGAAUUAUCAUCUUUAAUUUAAUAAAGGCAGCGAUUUAUAUUAGGCUAAGUAUAAAGACAAAGGUACGUCGCGGCGUAUAUAUUAGUGGUAGUAUUGCACCGUACUCAAGUUACUCAACCGCCGGGGUGCCUAAUCGUGGGGGCACGUCCCACUUGUUCUUGACGCGGCACAUCCAACCUCAAUCAAACAGCUAAGGAAAUAUCCCUGGACGAUAGUACCUCCCGUGCUCUCACUCGUAUCUGACCGCACACAUCAAACACCUGCCUGAGCGUCAAGUGCACUCGAGACACACCAUGUCGGACCAGCAGCCCAGUGAGGAGGCCAAACAGGCAAACGAGCAAGAAGAAGUUCGCCCUGAUGUGACGGCCGCCGUGGACGAGUUGCUUAACACUCUGUCUACCAAAUUCGCCGCAGUUUCCUCAGAGAUCUUCGCCAAGAUGGAUGAUAUGGCCAAACGAAUUGACAAACUCGAGACUGAACUGAUGGAGAGCAAAGCGAAGGAAGCCCAAGGGAGCCCUUCCAAACCGUGAUGGCGUCUAGAGAAGACAAGGCACGGCAUGACGAGGGAUACACACAUGACAAAUCACGGCCUACAUCAAGU